GCAAGUUAUUCUGUCGCGAUUUCUUCUCACCGACGGCGCACGUUAGGAACCUAUUCCUUCUCCCGAUGUCAUCGGCGGCAUCUGCUCAACCGGGUCGGAUCCGGGUCCUGAAGGAAGGUAUCCGGAAACCAUCUGAUCAAGCGGUGGGGCCCGUCGUUUACUGGAUGUUUAGAGAUCAACGGCUGAGAGACAACUGGGCUUUGAUCCACGCAGUCGAUGAGGCGAACAAAGCCAACACCCCGGUAGCGGUGGCGUUCAAUUUGUUCGAUCAGUUUCUCGGCGCCAGAGCGAGGCAAUUAGGGUUUAUGUUGAAGGGUCUUCGUCAGCUUCAUCGGCAGAUAGAAUCUCUUCAAAUCCCAUUUUUUCUGCUACAGGGAGAUGCAACUGUGACGAUCCCGAAUUUCAUCAAUGAAUGUGGAGCUUCUCUCUUGGUCACUGAUUUCUCUCCCUUACGGGAGAUUAGGCGAUGCAAAGACGAGAUUGGCAAGACAACAAGUGAUUCGUUAACAAUACACGAAGUUGAUGCCCACAAUGUAGUUCCCAUUUGGGCUGCAUCAGAUAAAUUAGAGUACAGUGCUCGAACACUACGAGGUAGGAUUAACAAACUACUACCUGAUUACCUCAUUGAGUUUCCUGAACUUCAACCACCGACCAAAGAGUGGACUUGGUCUAUGGAUGAGGCAAUCGACUGGGAUAGCCUCAUCAAUAACGUUGUAAGGAAAGGUGCAGAAGUUCCUGAAAUCGAUUGGUGUGAGCCUGGGGAAGAUGGAGCUAGAGAAGUUUUGAUGGGUGGUCAAGAUGGGUUUUUGAUGAAAAGGUUGAAGAGUUACUCGACUGAUCGGAAUAAUCCUUUAAAACCGAAAGCUCUCUCUUGUCUUUCCCCGUAUCUGCAUUUCGGGCAGAUCUCAGCUCAGCGCUGUGCCUUAGAGGCUCGAAAAGUCAGGAAAACAUACCCUCAGGCGGUUGAUUCAUUCUUGGAAGAAUUGAUCGUACGUAGAGAACUGGCAGACAAUUUCUGCUACUAUCAGCCUCAUUACGAUUCUUUGAAGGGAGCUUGGGAAUGGGCACGCAAGACAUUAAUGGACCAUGCUUCAGACAAGAGAGAUCACAUUUACUCGUUGGAGCAGUUAGAGAAAGGACAGACUGCAGACCCACUAUGGAAUGCUUCACAGUUGGAGAUGGUUCAUCACGGGAAAAUGCACGGUUUCAUGAGGAUGUACUGGGCGAAGAAGAUUUUGGAGUGGACAAGGGGACCUGAAGAAGCCCUCUCCAUAUCCAUCUAUCUAAACGACAAGUAUGAGAUUGACGGUCGGGACCCCGGUGGAUACGUAGGCUGCAUGUGGUCGAUAUGUGGUGUUCAUGAUCAGGGAUGGAAAGAGAGGCCGGUGUUUGGGAAGAUAAGGUACAUGAACUAUGCAGGCUGCAAGAGGAAAUUCGACGUCAAUGGAUAUAUCUCUUACGUUACACGUCUUGUUUCAUCGACUAAUAAGAAGAGGAAGAGGAAAGCUGAAGAACACCUCUCCGAGGAUUCCAUUUGAUUUUCUUAUUUAAGUCUUAAUUGUUAAGUAAUUUCACAAUGUUAACCCCCAUUUAAAAAAAAACGAUUUUUUUUGCAAAACAUAAAAAUUGCCAUUAAC